AUGGUCGUGACCAACCCCAACGCCGCUCCCGCCGAGCUCGCCGGCAAAGUCGCCCUGGUGACGGGUGGCAGCCGAGGUAUCGGGUCUGGAAUUGCCCUCGAGCUAGCUAAGAAAGGUGCCUCGGUGGCUAUCAACUUCGCCAGGGACCCUGCGUCGGCCGAGCAGAUGGUCAUGGAGAUCAAAAGCCUGGGAGUCCAUGCGGCCGCUUUCCAGGCCGACUUGACCAAGGUUGAGGCCAUUGAGAAGCUGUUCCAACAGGUGGUGACGCAUUUCGGCCAACUCGACAUCGUUGUCUCCAACUCAGGAACCGAGAAGUUUGUCUCGCUGGCCGACACCACGAUCCAAGACUUCAACGAUGUCUUCGAUCUCAACACCCGGGCCCAAUUCUUCGUGGCGAAGAACGCCUAUGACUAUAUUCAGCCCGGCGGACGCGUGGUGCUGAUGUCGUCUAUCGCUGCGGGCGUGGGUGUCCCCGGACACUCACUGUACGCAGGCAGCAAAAGUGCGGUCGAAGGCUUCACGCGCUGCUUCGCAGCCGACUUCGGCAAGAAGCGCUGCACUGUCAAUGCGAUCGCCCCGGCCGGCAUUAAGAGCGACAUGUGGUUGCGCAACGCGUGGCGCUAUGCCCCUGGCUGCGAUCAGGACUCGUCGCUCGAGGAGAUCGAGCAGGCGCUGGCAAAUGGAAGUCCCCUCAAGCGGUGCGGUGUCCCGGCCGAUAUUGGCCGUGUGGUCGCAUUCUUGGCCAGCCCCGCAGGAGAAUGGAUCAACGGCCAAAUCCUCCCGCUGAACGGAGGUGCCAACAUUUGA